AGCCUUUCGAGUUUUGCAUUUGAAAUGACCGAUAAUAUUGAAAUUGGAAAAGUUGUUGAAUUGGAUUAUAAUGAUCUUGUUAAUGAAGUUGAUUUGAGUGAAAAGAUUGAAGAAGCCUAUGGUCCUGAAGGUUUGGGUUUGUUGGUCGUUUCCAAUGUUCCAAAAGUUUUGGAAUUGAGAGAAACAUUGUUGCCACUUGCUCACAAGUUUGCAAUGCUUCCAGAUGAAUCUAAAGAAAAGUACGAACACAAGGGAUCUAAUUAUUCAUUUGGUUGGUCAUAUGGCAAGGAAUCUUUCAAUGGAAAGACUGAUGUCUUCAAGGGAAGCUACUAUGCCAAUCCUGAAGUUGAUGUACCAACUGAAGAUAAGGAAAUUCAACAAAAGUAUCCAUUCUACUGCACACCAAAUAUUUGGCCAAAGGAAGAUUUGCCAGAAUUGGAAUUUGCCUUCAAGAAUAUGGGUCAACUUAUUGUUUCCGUUGGUCACCUUAUUGCCAAGCAAUGUGAUAGUUACAUUCAAAAGAAAUGUCCAACCUGUCAACCAAACAAGCUCUAUAAUAUUAUCAGCCAAAGCAAGAAUACUAAAUCAAGACUCCUCUAUUAUUUCCCAAGAUCUCAAGAAGAUGUCAAUGCUGAUGAAAAUGUUGAAAGUGAUGAUGGUUGGUGUGGACUUCACUUGGAUCACGGUUCUUUGACCGGUUUAACUUCUGCCAUGUACUUUAGAGAUGGACAAGUUGUUCAAAAUGACGAUCCAAAGGCUGGACUUUACAUUAAGGGAAGAAAAGGAAAUUACAUUAAGGCCACCUAUAGACCAGACCAAUUGGCUUACCAAAUUGGUGAAAGUGCCCAAAUUCACAGUGGUGGUUUAUUGCAAGCCACUCCUCAUUUGGUUCGUGGUCCAAGAUCUGUUGGUAUUGCCAGAGCUACUCUUGCCAACUUUAUGCAACCUGCUUACAAUGACAUGAUGGACGUUCCAGCUGGAAAGACUGUUGCUGAUUGUAAGAUUAAGCAUAUUGAAGAAGGAAUGACAUUCCACGAUUUCUCUGAAAAGAAGUUCAAGGAAUAUUAUUAAAUUUUUUCACAUUCUAUUUAUUUC